CAUUCGGUCGUCCGUCCAUACGUCAUCGUCUUCGUGGUCGUCGUCGUCGUCGUCGUCGGACACAUAGGCACAUAAUAUUAUAUAUUAUAGCUGCUAUUUUUAAUAAUAAAUAAAAUAUUAUUCUAGUGUUUGAAGUGCAAUAAACGUGUCCGUAUUCAUAUGUGUGCGUGUGCAUUAAAGUGUGUGAAAUCGCAUAUUAUACACAAUACCUAUAUUUCGAAUUGUAUACGUUUUUCCGCGAUAAUAUUUCGCCACGAUAACUGCAGUUGUGUAUUAUGCAUGUGUAAAGUGUACUGGGCGUGCUCAAGUGGGUAAAAAAAGGAAAUUAUAUCAGUGAAAACUAUCAGUCACGUGACACUGGUGAAUGUUACACAAAGUACUAGCGAGCUGUGUAUUGGAAGGCCGGCCACAGGUAGUGACCUCGGCAUUGAAGUCUCUUCGCCGAGACACCGUCGUUCAACAGUUAUCGUGUGUACGACUUCCUGACUGAUGGAAAAAUAGCCGCGUUGUAUAAAUGAUUAUUGUUUAUCACUGAAAAUAACUAUCUAUCAAGUAUAGUGUUUACUCACGCCCGAAAACCACACAGUUGUUAUUCUCGCUACCGGACCCGCCGGUUCAUAAUUGCUUUUGUUCGUCACUGUGAUAUAUACUUUAACAAAAUGGAAAAGCCGUGUCGGUAUGACUUAUCCGCAAUUAAACGGUCACUGGAGUUGGCUGAAACUCUUGCCAGUGUUAGCUUGAUGACAUCGCCAGCUGCAAGAAGACGAUUACAAGCAAGGAGUGUUGAAUUAGGACUAAGACCAGGCCAACCAUAUGAACCACCCAGAGAAUUACUUUUAUAUUUAGUUAGGAUGGGAAGUUUUACAUCUACCGUGAAAAUUGACAAUGAAGAUUCCCAAGACAAAGAUUUACAGUUUGACAAUCAUAUGAGCUAUCAACAAUUACUCGAAUAUUGCCGUACUCACAAUAAUCAAUGGCCUAACUCACAACUCAUAGAAAGAACAUUUUCGUCAAUCCCAUAUGACCAAGAUAGUGUUGAAGGAAAUCCUGUAAGAGUACUUCAAUGGAACGUUUUGUCACAAGCAUUGGGACAGAAUAAUGAUAGAUUUGACAGUUGUCCUUUAGAAGCUUUAGAAUGGAAACAUAGGAGGUGUCACAUGCUUGAAGAAAUUCUUAAACAUAAUCCCGAUAUUAUUUGUUUACAGGAAGUUGAUCAUUUUGAUUUUCUCAGCAGAGCUCUAGCUACACAAUCUUAUAGCGGUCUAUUUGUACCAAAACCAGAUUCCCCAUGUGUGUAUAUAAAUGAUAAUAAUGGACCUGAUGGUUGUGCAAUAUUUUACAAAAAUGACAAGUUUGAUUUGUUAGAAAAACACGAUAAAGUAUUACAAGUAUGGACAGUCCACAGCAAUCAGGUGUCAUUACUAUUGGUACUUAAAGAUAAAAGUACACAAAAAGAAUUAUGUGUUUCUACAACUCAUCUAAAAGCUCGUAAAGGAGCCUUGCUAUCCACCUUGCGAAAUGAACAAGGAAAAGAUUUACUACAGUUCAUAUCUUCCCAUGCAGCUGACCGUCCAACAAUUGUCUGUGGUGAUUUUAAUGCAGAACCUACAGAACCAGUUUACAGUACCAUGUGCAGUUGUUCUUAUUUACCACUAGAUAGUGCUUAUAAGUUGUCUGGCUCAGAACCGCUGUACACCUCUUGGAAGAUUCGUGGAGGCGAAGGCGAAGUUAUGCAUACCAUUGACUACAUGUUUUACACUAAACAUAAAUUAACUGUUAGUAAUAUACUAGACAUGCCAAAAGAAAUAGAUAUUGGUGAGAAUAGAGUACCCUCUAUGACCUAUCCAUCAGAUCAUUUUUCUUUGAUAAGUGAUUUUUAUUUUAACAACAAUACAACAAAUUUUUGUGAAUAAUUUUGUUUUUAUGAUUUUAUUUUAACAAUAGUAUUUCUGCACUUUUUCUCUAAAAAAUGUUAAGGUAGGCUAUUUUUGUUCUAAUAAGGAAUUGACAAUAUAAUUUAUUAUAAGUUAUUUUUGAGUGGUAAAGUUGACCAUGUAUGUUAGUCCAAUAGUAUUCCCAUAAAAUGUGUGUCGUUAUUUAUUUGGUUUAUACGGUUUAAAUAUUUAUUAUAUUAUUUAUUUUUACCAUUUUACCAACCAUAUUAAUAUGAGCACAAUGAAGGAACUAAACAACCUUAAUUUAUAAAUUAUAAUAAUAAUUACUGAUUGUCUUUAACAAUCAACACUAAAAAGUAAAAAUAUAGUAAAAAUAUUUAUUUUAAAAAAAAAAAGAGAUCAAAAUAUUUUAUUUAUAUUUAUUUAUAAGAUAUUAUGAUGUGUUUAAAAUCUAUAUUUAUUAUUAUUAAUUAUUAUUUAUUUAUUUAUUUAUUUAUUUAUUUUAUUUAUGUUUUUUAAUAAACAUCAGAUUUGUUGUGAAAGUUAA